AUUCCAUUUGUUUUUAUUUUUAAACAGUUACGCACUAGUAUGCACAAUGGCAUAUUUAAUGAUCUUUCCACGACGGUUAGGUACACGUCGCUAACUUCUUUUUCGAUUACCAAAGAACAACGAAAACUCAAGAAAAUGCCAACUGGAAAACAAUAUACUGAAUUUCACAUAUGGCACAAUUAUGGCGGGGCGCUCUCGAGGCAGGUGGCAUUAUGGCGCCAACAACAAGGAAGCUCUAUCGGUGGUGAGUGAAGACCAGUCCAUAUUCGAGUCGCCGUUCAGCGGUCCCCAGGCCAUGCACAUGAAGGGAGAGAUCACCUCACCUACAGUGUUCAGACAGGGUUCUGAAGAAAGCCUAGAACCGACCGAGCCAGACUGGACCGGAUCAGCCACACAAAACCCUGCCAAGAGAGCAGAACACAUCAACGGAACCAGCCGUGAAUCCCCAGUGGACUGCAGUGUGACUAAAAGGACCCGACACAUGAGUAACAGUGAUGGGGGACCAUUGGCCUACCAGGCCUCUUAUCCAGAGCCACGGACUAGCCCACAGAAUGCCACCCCGCCCAGCAGCGUCACAGAGGAGAAGAGGGUGAUUGUACCAGCAGACCCAGAAGUAUGGACACAAGACCACGUGAGGCAGUGGGUAGACUGGGCGAUAAAGGAAUACAGCCUCUCCGAUGUGGACGUGUCCCUCUUCCAAACCCUGGAUGGAAAAGCACUCUGCAAAAUGACCAAAGAGGACAUGAUGCGUCUCACUUCCGCAUACAAUACAGACAUCCUGCUUUCCCACCUAAACUACCUCCGGGAGAGUAGUCCCACUUUUUCAUACCCAACAACCCCAACCCCAACCAAUACACAACCACAGCCAAGACUACAGGUGAAAGCUGAAAACAGCUUUGAGGAGAUCGGCAGAAGGAACAGUUGGUCCUCAAAUGCCUUGCCAGCUGUCCCAAAAGGUUCUCCAAUCGAACAUCAGCACAACAGCAGAAUUUCAGAGCCUCCAUCAAGACUUCAACAAGACCCCUACCAAGCAUUAGGUCCCAUUAGCAGCCGUCUUGCAAAUCCAGAAACGAAACCAUUCCACACCAAGAUCCGAACGACCAAACAAAAUUCUAACAACCUGCCCGUCACCAGCACUGACAGGACUGUGGGCUCUGGUCAGAUCCAGCUGUGGCAGUUCUUGUUGGAGCUGCUGUCUGACAGCAACAAUUCUACCAUCAUCACCUGGGAGGGCACGAACGGAGAAUUCAAGAUGACCGACCCAGAUGAGGUGGCCAAGCGCUGGGGGGAACGGAAAAGCAAGCCUAACAUGAACUAUGACAAGCUGAGCCGUGCCCUCCGCUACUACUACGACAAGAACAUCAUGACCAAGGUGCACGGCAAGCGAUAUGCAUACAAAUUCGAUUUCCAGGGUAUCUCCCAAUCCCACCAAAACCAUCCUCCAGAAGGAGGCGUGCUCAAAUACCAGGCCGAAGUGCCGUAUGUGCAGAGCUACCACAGCCACCAGCCAAAAAUGAACUUCAUGGGCUCUCAUACAAGCCCUAUGCCAGUUUCCCCUGGGAAUUUCUUUGGGCCUCCUACCACUUACUGGAACUCAGCAACAGGGGUCGUCUAUCCCAGCUCACCCAUGCCACGACAUCCCAGCACUCACUCUCAUUUGAACUCGUAUUACUGAAAAGGUCUAACUGUAAAGCCCUCACUUACUUUCAGACUCGUUAAGUUGCUGAAAACGACCGAGAAUAACAGAAUAACAAACUGGAAACUUUUUGGGGAUCAUUAGACAAUCCAAAAACCAUUGUAGCAAUAUCAUAGUAUCAAGUUCUCCAUGUCAUGCCAUUUUUUUUGUACAGUUUAUGCAUAAUCGAACACAAGCUUGUGUCUUCGGGGCUAAAUUGUAAAUAGGUUUUGCAUGUUUCAUAUAAGGCUUUGAAAAGACUCCUCUGACAUCCCUACAAAGCAUAAUCACCCCCUUAUGUUUUAAAUGUAAUAUGCCUUUGUAUGCAAGUGUGCCUGUGUACAGACAUUGAUUUUUAAUCAAAUAACGUCACUCCUCUAUGUUUAACAUUAUAUUUUAAACCAAUAAAACAUGUAGCUCACUUGA